GUUUCACUCGGUGGCUGUCAGGGAGCUGACAGCGGUGAGAGCGAGCCGAGAAAGCCCCUCAGACUGUAAGAAGUUGUUCCUCUUCUCCAUGAAGUGCUGCUCUUGUGCUUUGGAUCUUUGGAAUGAUUCAUACUAAAUCCCGUGAAUGGACAACAACAACUGACAACACCUUCACUUACUCUGCUAUUUCACCUGUGUCCACUCCCACUCUGCUCCAUCUGACCUUCUUUGACCCCUCCCACUGCCUCUCCAGCUGCCUGUCCAGUUUGGGGAAAGCUGUGCCCGGGCCUGGUGCCCUCCCCACCCUCAGUGGUGGCCCACGCUGAGUGUUGGCGUGCGAUGGCGCGGCGGGACGCUGAGGGUUGCCGCUGUGGACUGUGAUGUCAGAGCCCAGCAGCCCCGGCGAGAGCCAGCGCGGCGCUCCCAGAUUCUUCGUGGGCUGCGAGGAGGAUGAGAGCGAGGGCCUGGACGGCUACGGCAGCAUGAGGACUGACAUGGAGCUGUUCGAGGACGACCAGGAGGCAGACUCGGUAAGGACAAAGCCUCCUGAACGUCAGAUUGUGGUGGGGAUCUGCUGUAUGAUGAAGAAGUCCAAGUCCAAACCCAUGACUCAGAUCCUGGAGCGGCUCUGCAAGUUUGAGUACAUCACUGUGGUCAUCUUCCCCGAGGACGUCAUACUGAAUGAGCCGGUGGAGAAAUGGCCCCUCUGUGACUGCCUGAUCUCCUUCCACUCCAAAGGAUUUCCGUUGGAUAAGGCAGUGAGUUAUGCGAAGCUCCGUAACCCGCUGCUCAUCAACGAUCUCAAUAUGCAGUAUUACAUACAGGACAGGAGGGAAGUGUAUCGCAUUCUGCAGGAAGAGGGGAUUGACCUGCCGCGCUACGCUGUGCUGAACCGAGACCCAGACAAACCUGAUGAAUGUAACCUGGUGGAGGGAGAGGACCAUGUGGAGGUGAACGGCGAGAUCUUCCCCAAGCCCUUUGUAGAAAAGCCUGUGUCUGCAGAAGAUCACAAUGUCUACAUCUACUAUCCAACCUCAGCUGGUGGAGGCAGCCAGCGCCUCUUCCGAAAGAUCGGAAGCCGAAGCAGUGUGUAUUCUCCAGAGAGCAGCGUGAGAAAGACGGGAUCCUACAUAUAUGAAGAGUUCAUGCCUACAGACGGCACAGAUGUGAAGGUUUACACAGUAGGGCCUGAUUAUGCUCAUGCUGAGGCACGCAAAUCUCCUGCUCUGGAUGGCAAGGUUGAACGAGACAGUGAAGGAAAAGAAAUCCGCUAUCCUGUUAUGCUGACCGCCAUGGAAAAACUGGUGGCGCGCAAGGUCUGCCUGGCUUUCAAGCAAACAGUCUGUGGGUUUGAUCUUCUUCGGGCAAAUGGACACUCAUACGUGUGUGAUGUGAACGGCUUCAGCUUUGUAAAGAACUCUAUGAAAUAUUAUGAUGACUGUGCCAAGAUACUUGGGAACAUUGUGAUGAGGGAGCUGGCUCCUCAGUUUCAAAUCCCGUGGUCCAUCCCCACGGAGGCAGAGGAUAUACCCAUAGUUCCCACCACAUCUGGCACCAUGAUGGAACUGCGCUGUGUGAUUGCUGUGAUCCGUCAUGGAGACCGCACACCAAAGCAGAAGAUGAAGAUGGAAGUUAGGAAUCCUAUGUUUUUUGAGCUGUUUGAAAAAUAUGGUGGUUACAAGACUGGCAAGCUGAAGCUGAAGAAACCCAAACAGCUGCAGGAAGUGCUGGACAUUACCAGGCAGCUGUUGGCAGAUCUGGGGCAGCACAAUGACUGCGAGAUUGAAGAAAAGUCAUCGAAACUGGAGCAGCUCAAGACUGUUCUGGAGAUGUAUGGGCAUUUCUCUGGGAUCAAUAGGAAAGUGCAGUUGACUUAUCUUCCCCAUGGACGACCUAAGACUUCCAGUGAAGAGGAAGACACACGUAAGGAUGGUCCAUCCUUGCUGCUGGUUUUGAAGUGGGGGGGUGAGCUGACCCCCGCAGGCCGCGUGCAGGCGGAGGAACUAGGCAGAGCUUUCCGCUGCAUGUACCCUGGAGGACAAGGAGAUUACGCCGGUUUCCCUGGCUGUGGCCUGCUGCGGCUCCACAGCACCUAUCGCCACGACCUCAAAAUCUAUGCCUCUGAUGAGGGCAGGGUGCAAAUGACAGCAGCUGCUUUUGCCAAGGGUUUGUUGGCGCUGGAGGGUGAGCUGACACCCAUCUUGGUGCAGAUGGUGAAGAGUGCCAACAUGAAUGGCCUGCUGGAUAAUGACAUAGAUUCGCUGAGCGGCUGUCAGCACCGUGUCAAGGCCCGGCUUCAUGAGAUCAUGCAGAAGGACCAGCCCUUCAGUGAGGAAGACUUCGAAAAGCUCGCUCCAACGUGCAGCACCUCUCUGGUGAACUCUAUGAGGGCAGUUGAGAAUCCAGUGAGCACAUGUGAUAAAGUCUACAGUCUCGUCCAGAGCCUCACUUCACAAAUCCGCAAGAGACUGGAAGAUCCCAAAUCCGCAGAUUUGCAGCUGUACCACAGUGAGACUCUAGAGCUGAUGCUGCAGCGCUGGUCCAAACUGGAGAGGGACUUCCGCAUGAAGAGUGGCCGAUACGACAUCAGCAAGAUCCCAGAUAUUUAUGACUGCGUGAAGUAUGACGUCCAGCACAACAGCUCACUGGGCCUGGAGGACACGCUGGAGCUGUUCACACUGUCCCGAGCUCUGGCUGACAUUGUUAUACCGCAGGAAUAUGGAAUUAACAAGGUGGAGAAGUUGGAUAUAGCCUAUGCCUACUGUUUGCCACUGGUCAGGAAGAUCCAGCUGGACCUGCAGAGAACCCACGAAGACGAGUCUGUUAACAAACUCCAUCCAUUGUAUUCCCGUGGCGUACUAUCCCCUGGCAGGCACGUGCGGACACGGCUGUACUUCACCAGCGAAAGUCACGUCCACUCCUUGCUCAGCAUCUUCCGUUAUGGAGGCCUGCUGGACGAGGAAAAAGACCAGCAGUGGAAAAGAGCCAUGGACUAUCUGAGUGCAGUCUCCGAACUCAACUACAUGACUCAGAUAGUCAUCAUGUUGUAUGAAGACAACAACAAGGACCCGUCAUCAGAGGAGCGUUUUCAUGUGGAGCUGCAUUUUAGCCCAGGGGUUAAAGUUUGUGAGGAGGAGAAUGCACCGAUGGGCUUCGGCUUUCGCCCUGCUUCUUCUGAGAAUGACCAGAAGCAGCCUGACCCUGGCAGCUUGGAGAACCUUGUGCGGGACGAGCCGGACCGGGCCUUGCCUCUAUCCGAAUCAGUCAGCACUCAGCGCAGGUCCCCUCUGAUCCGAAACCGCAAGACUGGCUCCAUGGAGGUCCUGUCAGAAAGCGCGUCCUCUAAAGCAGGCAGCCAUCGUCUCUUCCCCUCCUGCUCACGUCAGUCUCCAGAGAUGAAGCAGAGCGGAUUAGGCUCUCAAUGUGCAGGGCUCUUCAGCACCACUGUCCUCGGGGGGUCCUCUAGCGCCCCCAACCUGCAGGACUACGCCCGCACACACCGCAAAAAAUUCUCAUCGGGCAGUCUGACCUAUAAAGACGAGUUGUUGUCUAUGCCGGCAGUAAAGCGAUUUUCUGUGUCGUUUGCAAAGCAUCCGACUAAUGGGUUUGAAGGCUGCUCCAUGGUUCCUUCUAUCUACCCACUGGAAACGCUGCACAACUCCCUCUCGCUUAAACAGGUGGACAAGUUCUUGACGACAGUGUGCGAGAACGCGGAGGAUUUGCACAGCAGGACCACCAGAGCUUUGUCAGCCAUGUUUGACUGUCAGAACCAGCCCUCGGUGGACUCGUACAUCCCCCAAAGAGUGCUUUCCUCCUCUGUUUCUCUGCGCCAGCGCUCCGAUCGCCCCCCCUGGUACAGCAGUGGUCCCUCCAGCACUGUGUCCAGCGCUGGCCCCUCAUCCCCCACCACCGCAGAUACCUCCCCCCGUUUCAGCUUCAGCGAGAAGGCGGCCCUCACCCCCCAGAGCAGUGAGGAGAUCCACCCAGCCUGCCCACCUUCCAGCCAGUCGGCUCCAGCCUCCUCAUUGCCUGCAAGUCCUCCAACCCACCCCAGCUCCCCCAGUGCCCUCCAGCCCCUUGAGGACCCCCAGCUCCCAAGACCUGAUAGACCCAGCGACCUGGCUAUGGACAGCACAGACAAUCUGGAUGGCCCGGAACAUGAUCCAGCCUUGGAGGCAGACCCCAGCCCCCGCUGUUCUCCUCUGGCUGAUCUGAGCUUGCGUAUGGAGCCGUUCUGUGGCCUGCCAGGCUCACUGCCCGUGCUGCUGGAGCUCCGGGAAAGCAGUUCAGAGGCUGGCUCCAGCGCUCAAACACCUCUGACCCCAGACGAGCCUGAUGAAUUCUUUGACACCCAGGAGUCAGUAGAGGUGUGGAGGAGCAGCCCCAGGAACCUGCCACACCCUGGCACUCCUCUGGAGGUGGGAGCUCCACAUGUAUCUGAGCCCUGAAGAGGACCUGGAGCAUCUCACAUUGUGGGUUCCAGUUCCAGUCAUGGAGGACAACAUUCUCUGCACAUUUUUGUUUUUUCGCUCAUCUAGGUGUAGCUUUCGCUGGGUUUCCACUGGUAAACACUGGUUAAAAUCCAGGUUUUGCCCCCACACUUUCAAAGUCAGCUAGAGGUUGUGGGGAAACCACUAAAUAUUGCUGGUCUGCAUUUCCAGGGUUACACUACUAACGAGUUCUGUCGAUGCACACAACAUUACAGACUGGAAGGUGACUGUGUAUGUCGAUGAAGCACACUUCAUUCAACUAAUAACGAGUUCCUCAUGUGCUGUGGGCAUGUGUUAAACACUUGGCGCUGGGUUACUUUUACCAAAUGAGGUUCUGUAAUAUAAUGUGUUACAAUUUGAUUAAUAGAUUUGUACAGGAUGUAGUACCUGUGCAAUUUUCCAAAGACUUCCCCACAGAUAGCAUGGAUUGAAAGCCUGAAUAUACCCUGAAUAUUAGCAUUACACAACAGAUGCCACACUCAACAACAACAACACCACCACUCAUGGCCAUAUCUGUUAGCAGGUUAUUUAUUAGCAGGUCUUUUAAUUCCAUUAGUAACAGGAUGGCUAUUAUUGAGCAAGCUGUGGGUUCAGCCAGUUAAACAUUGCUACUAACUCCUAUUAUUAUUAUCAUCAGACUGUAAAAACUACCCACACUGCAGAUUUAUACUGGAUUGAACUCAUGAAAUCAUCCUCCCCAAGUAAAACUAAUCCAGCUCCAAUAGGGCUUUAGAGCAGUGAAACAUAAAGUACAAAGCAUGGGUUCCUCAGGACUGGGAUUGGGAUCCACCGCCUCACACAAGCAGCUCUCUUGUUUAAAUGUGUGUCCUGCGGCUCUGCAGUGCUGAUCCAUGCUCUUGCUAUAGUGCCUCAGUGACGUCCAGCCAAGUCCCAUACAACUUGUUCAAGACCCUAAACGCAGAUAGUCGGCCGAGUAGAAGUAAAACGGUUAUAGAAACGGAGGCCUUCUCUGUUUUUGGACUGUUUCUGUGAUUCAUCAAGUCUUUCAUUUCAGUGUGAAGUCCUGGUGCUCAAAAAUAAGCAAAUGACUGAUUUUCAGUUUGAGGAUGCAUAACAUCGCUGUCAUAAUAAAACAUUCUCUCUGAUAAAAACAGAAAAGAAAAAGUAAACAUUCUUAAUGGUAAUAUUUGUUAAUGUAUUAAGACUUUAUUCCAAGUCAUUUUGAAUCAUUUCUAUUGGUCAGUCUGUCAUUCACACAGUGUAAAAGGGAGCUGUUGUGCUCUAUUGCCAUUAAAAAAAUGGAAAACAACUAGUUUUGUUAUGACAGCGGCUGUUAAUUUAACAUAUAUGCGCGCUCUGCCUGUGUGCGUCAACUCUGAUACUGUUGCUACAAGUGCAAUAGCAACAUGGCCAGUGAUCAAAGCUGUAAGGUUCACUGAAAAUCCAUGCUGUUCACUGUUUCUUGGUGAGUGUACUGCCCUACCUGUUUCCAACCCCAAAAAAAUCCACCUGUCUUGUUGGCUGGUUCUGGUAUAUUUGAGACGGACUCUUCUGAGACAUUUUUUAAAAUAUAUUUUCAUAAAGCACAUCAGGUCCUACCUAGCACUCCAUGAAUUCUGUGUUGAUGAGGGUAGGCUGCCAUUUUUCAUGCAUUUGGCAGACCACUCUUUCAUCGUGAUAUUCGCUUCUCUUAUAUGAACGUGAACUCCACCAGUUUUUUAAAAAUUCUGCAUAAUUCAAUGACCUGGACCUAUUGACAGUGCUGGUAAUAGGAACCAGGGGUCACAUUUGCACGCAAACAUAGCCAUUUUAUUUACUACCCAAAAUUUUUUGUGAACCUACGCAUCUUCUGAGUUUUUAUAUGUAACGUUGACAAAGAUAAAGUAGUGGUGAAUCUGAAAAAAAAGGCAUGUGGGGCAAAACAUUCUGAAAAACUACUGUGAAACGGUUUUUUGCAUGCCCUUAAUAAUCUGAUGACUGCAGAAAAUCAGAUUUUGUCAGUAAUCCAAUCGAUGCGUUUACAUGCACUUGAGUAAUAAGUGUCUACAAUAAGUCUACAGGAGUCAGGCAGUAAUCGAUUUUCUGCUUUAUAACCAGCCGAUAAACUCAAGACAUGAUGAAACGUAACUCAAAUUUCAUGUAUUUACAUGAGAAGAGUUUACAUGCACUGAGAAAUCUGAUUACUGAGCUAAAAUCCAGCUCUCUUCAUCAGAUGUCUAGACCUGACUCCGUUCUAAGAAGUAUGCUGUUUACACGACGAUUUGAACAAUCAGACAACUGUAGAAAUCGGAUUAUGAUCGGAUUAUUGAAUUCAUGUAACCACACUCAGUGUCUCAGGCAACUAGCAAUGCACUUAUAAUUCAGUCUAAUAACUUUCAGUAAAGUAGGUUUUAAAAUGAUUAAACUCUUCAGAUGUCUGGUUCCCAUCACCACCACUGUGAACAUCUCUGAUUCACUAAGUUUCUCAAGAACGGAGCACUUUGCAACCAUUUGGAGUGACUAUGUUCACAUCUUAACCAUUUAAUUAUGCAGAAGUUUAGAAAAAAUCUAUACAUUUCUAACAGACGUACAGUGUGGACAAGCUCAGAAGACUGUAAACGGAGCCUACUGAAGAUGUAAUGCUUUUAAUUGCUUUUUUUGCCAAAGCCCCCAAUACCACUGUCAUAACUUAUUAAAUCAGUCAACUGCAUAUCCGUGUACUAUAUAUAUUUAUCAGCUAAAGCAAAGCAUAUUUUUAAUAUAGAGAUAUAAAUGGAUAGUCUCAUCUUUUAUCAAUUUUAUAUUUUUGUAAAACAUAUAGUAUUACCACGGUUUUAACUGAUGAAUAAGCUCCUUAUUUUAUCAUGGCAAUUUCAGAUUCUUUUCCCUCUGGCUUUGUAGCUUCCAGCUCUUUCAGAUGCCGAUUUUGUACGAGCUUAUUUCUGCAAUAUUCAGAGAAAUGAACCUUAUGAAGUAAGAUUAUGUUCUUGCUUUCAUUCUGUCGUUUUUAAUGUACAGUCAAAAGCUUACAGAUGGGGGAAGAUGUUAUUUAAUGUUAAUCAGUAAAGUGUGCUGCUCCCCAGAGGUUUACACUGUAAAAUGCUAUGUUGUGUGUUGACAUACACAGAGGAAUAGUCUACAGGAAAGAGUAGAGCUUAUUCACAGCUGACCUGUAUCUGAACGCCAGUCGGUGGGCAUUAUUACUGUGUACGAAACGUGUGUACAGGUCACCUCAUUUCGCUGAUCUAUGGACAGCGUCCCAUACUGCUAUUACCCUUCACCAUUGUAAAAGAAACUAUAAACCUGAGGGGCGACCCACUGGGAAAACGUUUAUUUACUGAACUGACAGGCUAUGUUUGUAACUUUACAACAGAGUCCAUGGGUAAUGUCCCCAGGUCUUGGGUAUUGCAGUGACGCUCGUCGAGAUGAUCCAUGUAAAUGUUGCUUUUUAAUAAAUGUUUAAUAGACUCAUCACUGACACACUGAAGCUUGAGGCCCUUUCAGCUCCACCUCUGAGACGUAGUGCUGCUGGUGCUCUCUGUAUGCAGUCUGUGCAGUCGUAUGUAAGUGGCAUUUUUCAGUGUCCCAACAGAAAUGGCUUUGUUUGUCUACACAAAGAUGUCAUAAAUAAAAGUUGAUGUAAGCUA